AUGCAAUUCGCGUUUCUGGACUUUGAAGCCGCUUUCACCUGUCCUCAUCGUGGCAGUCUUCUCAACGCGCUCCGCGCCGACGGAGUACCAGGAAAGUUUGUUAGCUUGCUUGAUGACAUGAAUCGACGAAAAACUGCUGCAGUUCGAAUACCACAGGACACCUGCUAUUCAACUCUUCGACAGACAGGACCUUUGCUGUUCAACUUCUCCAUCGAUGGCAUCAUGCAAAGAACACACGUCGCGGAAAUCAGUACAAACGUGUGGGCUCCGCGGCAAAAACUACACCCUUCCAGAAUUCAGCUUCAGAAGGGUUCCAAGGCCCCAAUUUCUGCGCGAGUGCCAGAGAACAGAAAGAUGGGGUGGAACGGUCCCGAUGAUGUUCUGUUGGGCAUCUUGCCGCCAGAAAACAGUGGAAUGAGUUUCAGGAAGUGUGGUGGUGUUGAAGAGAAGAACACGAAACUGAGCGUUCCUGGUCUUCUUCACUACAUUCCUGAUAUAGACGUGGAUGGCGCACUCGAAUAUGCUCGUUGCGUUGAGCGUGAAUGGGGCACCCAAUACCCAUUUGUUACUCGUGAACAUCUUCUUUUGCAGAUUCAUAUGAAGACCGAUGCAUCCGCAUGUUUUGUCGAACUCGUUCAACAUUCGUUCAGCGUGGCUGAGGCUAAAUGA